AUGAAAGGUGUUAUUGAACUGGUCGAUUUACCGGAUGAAUUAAUAUUAACUAUUAUGAAAAAAGUUAAUCCUCAAGUUUUAUUUCUUUGUUCAAUGAUUAAUAUCGGUAAUUAUCGUUUAGAACAACUUGCAUUUGAUAGAUGUCAUUCAAUUGAGUUAACUUUUGAUUAUUUUCGAGCGUCACAUAAAUUACUUAUGAAAAGAUUUUAUUCUAAUAUCAUGCCUCGUAUUAUUCAUGAUAUUAAAUCAUUAACAAUUAAUCUUUAUCAGAUAUCUUCUAUUCAAACUUUUGUUGAAAAUAACUGCAAUAGAACUCUUCCAAAUCUGACACAUUUGAAAAUAAUGUUAGGUGCUAAACGUUCUCAAAUCGGCACACUUUAUACAAUAGGUACAGAUGGUGUUACACCGAAUCAUUUUAUUGAUGGAUCUAUCUUAGAAAGAGAUAUUCUUUCAUACAUGCCUCGUUUACGUCAAUUCAAUUAUCAUAUUCGUUCAAUAUUAAAACAUGCUUCUCAUAUUAAAAUUGAUAAAAUUCGCCAAAGUUUUCUUAAAGAGCAACAACCAUUUGAUUGUGUACUCGAUCAUUUUAAGAAUAACUAUGGACAAUGUCAAAUUUAUUCUCUUCCAUUUAUUGGUACUCGUCUUGAUUUUAUUUCAAAUCGAUUUCCACUCUUUGAUAUUAAUAAUACAUUCUCAAAUGUUACUAUUUUAUUACUAUUUGAUGAUGUUAAACCAUUCGAAAAUAUUUUCUUUGAACGUCUGACUCGAGCCCUACCUCGACUUCGAACACUUGAAAUAAUUAAUCAACUUGAACAACAAGAAAAAAGCCUAUCAGUAAUGAAAACUAACAUCGAUUUUCCUCAUUUAGCUGUACUUAUUUUAUACGAUAUUCAUAUCGAUUAUGCUGAACAAUUUAUUUGUCAAAAUCAUCUUCCUUCCCUAAUCGAACUCACUAUUAACAAGGAUAUAUUGUUGGCAACAAUCUCUCAAAAUCAACAACAAGCAAGAGACAAUUGCUCUAGAGUGGCAACAUUAAGAACAUCGAAGCCAUCUUAUGAAUCAAUAGAUACUAUUCGAAACUUUUUUCCACUAGCUUACUAUGUCAAACAUGAAAACGAGUGA